ACUUCCGGGUUUGUUGAGACCGUGAAGAGGCUCGGGGCUUGGCUCGGAGGACCCGGAGGGUCCAUGUCGCUCCGCACCUCCUAGGUAGUGGCUCUUCUGGAUGAGGAGGAGCUGCGGAGCCUCAGAGAGCCGCCGGGACGAAGUGCUGUCCUCCCGCAGGGUCGCCUGAGCCCAGGACGCCCGCCCCGGAGCCUUUCUCCUCCACCAUGGCCGAGCUGAUCCAGAAGAAGCUGCAGGGAGAAGUGGAGAAAUACCAGCAGCUGCAGAAGGACCUGAGUAAAUCCAUGUCGGGGAGGCAGAAGCUGGAGGCACAGCUAACAGAAAAUAACAUCGUGAAGGAGGAACUGGCCUUGCUGGAUGGAUCCAACGUGGUCUUUAAGCUGCUGGGACCCGUGCUCGUCAAACAGGAGCUAGGGGAGGCUCGGGCCACGGUGGGGAAGAGGCUCGACUACAUCACCGCGGAGAUUAAGCGCUACGAAUCGCAGCUUCGGGACCUUGAGCGGCAGUCGGAGCAACAGAGGGAGACCCUCGCUCAACUGCAGCAGGAGUUCCAGCGCGCCCAGGCGGCAAAGGCUCCUGGGAAGGCCUGACCCCGUGGAGGGUGGGGGGGUCUACACUAGAAUAGCCAAUAAAAUGUCAACAAAGCCA